AUGAUGAACAUAAAUGAAGAGAAGACGGCAGAAAUUGUUUUAGAUGUGCCAGAUGCAUCAAGAAAUAAAAAAAUUACAAAAACAGCCGGGAGAAAAUCGAUCAGAGAGUACGUAACUUUGUUUUUUAAUCGGCUGGGCAUAAAAUUCACUGCUAAGCCCAUUCGGCUCAACGUUGACAUAGAAGAGAUCAAAAAAGACUUGAAAAAUCUUGCAAAGAAUGAAAAUAUUGAUGAGCACAUGAUUUUUGGCAUAUUGCACAGCUUGGUGUCCAACCACACAAAAAUAGUAGCUGACAAAAGUCUGAGCGAUCUGCACGCAUCUCUGUUGUCUGAAAUAGCGACCAAUGCACUGGAGCAGGCCAUUGUGGCGUACAGCUAUGAUGAAAACGACUGUCUCUACAAAGAAUGCAGCAACACAGGAACAAAUGAGAAGAUUUUAGAAGCGCUUAGAGAAGGCCUAGGUGAUCUGAUGCACAAAGACCUCCCAAAAAUCAUUGAGAAAAGGAUUAACAGGUGGUACAAGUAUGUAAUAGAGCUGAAAAAAGUGGAUGCAGACUCGUAUCUCACCUAUGCGCGAGACUACUUCAACGAAAGAGCAUGCAUCUUAUAUAUGGUGUACAAGCCGCUCAUCUACAACUUAAGAAACUUUGUUGAGUCUUUGAGAUAUGACAAGGAGUCUAUCUUUGAGGAGUGCAACUUAUUUAGGAAGAACGAAGAAGGGGUAUACAACCUCGACCAUGCAGUCAAUUUGCUUAUGAAAAACAAAAAGUAUCUCCAAAGCUACUUCACCAGUUUUAGAUCGCCAAAAAAGGAUGAGAUGCCAGAAAGCGAUAAAAAACUUCUGUUUACACUGUACCAAAUGUGGGAGACCGUGCCAGAUGUUUACACAAAAAUACACAACUUCACUGACUUUGAUAAUGCGUAUGUGGACAGCUUUUACAUAACAGGCGACAUCGAAAAAUCAAACAAAAAAAGUACUAUUGCAGAUCCAACAAAGUGCAAUUAUAGAAACAUUGCAACCGGGAAAGAAGUGGCAGAGAGGCUGGAAGGGAGCAAGUUUUCAGAUAGCAUAAAAGCCUACAUUGUAGACAAAAUUGCAAGAUACAAAGAGCUUGUCAAAACAGGAAAGAUGCAAGACGAGAUAGGCAAAAAGCUACACGCUGCUUUAGUUGUAUGCAGUGCUUCUUUGCUCACUCUUGGCAUAGUAUCGAGCUCCUUAUACGUUUAA